UUUGUAGAAAGAGAGAAAGAGGAAGCUAAGCUAUAUAUAGAAAGGCUGAAGAAGUCUCUUACAUGAGGAAAGGAGUCUUACAUGAAGAAAAGAGUCUUAUUUGGUAGCCAAGGAUGACUUGCCUGAGUCUAAUAUAAAUUAUAGAUUACAAUGUCAUUGCAAUCUAUAUAUAUAUGUACUCUAAAAGGCACCAAGCAAGUCAUCUAUGGCUUGCUGAUAAACUCUUCUCUUUCAUGCUAGGCUUCCUCUCCUAUAUCAUUAAUAGCUAAAGAGGUGCCUCGCCUUUGAUCAACCUACUCAUUCAACUUCGAGUCAGGCUAAUUGUCUAACAAUUCAAUUAGAAAUAUUAACAUGGUACGAUAAGUCUAUUCUUCUUAUUCUCCCAAAAAUUUCAACCAAAAUUUGAAGGUAUGUUCGGCAAAAACUUUUUAGAUCGAGUAGUUUUAGAAUGUUUGAUUGAAGCAAAACUCUUAUAAAGGUAAAAAAAUUUAAUGUGUUUGGUAGAGUAGCGCUUUGAUAGUAGAGACAAUAUUAUUAUUUUCAAUUGGAUAAAGAUUUUGCUAGUUUUUUGAACUAGUUUUAAAAGUGAAACAUAAUUCACUAUUUUCUUUUUGUUCUUAGAUAAUCCAAUAACUAGUUUUGUCAAAAACUAAUUGUUGUCCUAGGAAAUAUUAUUAUGAUUACUAGUUCCACCGAGCGCUAGCUAGUGUAUUAGUUAAUGGCUUCUGCAACUAAUAGGUACUACUUUUGUGCAACCGAGGCAAACGUGAACAGGUUUACUAAUCAAAUAAGUUUAAGCAUGAACAAAGACACAAAGUAGUACUCGAAUAGCUGGGCUCAUAAGUCAUAACCCUCUACAAGACAGUGGUAGUGUGGUAUUAACCUUUUUUUUAAUUAACGAGGGUAAUCGUGUUUAGCCUUGUCAUAUACUUCCUCCGUUUUUUUAAUUGCACCAUUUGUUUGAUAAAAAAAAUAGAGAGUGACGAUGGACAUAAUGUCCUUAAUUCCCAUGGGUAGGUUAAAUAAUUAAAUGGGAUGGAUGGGUAGUCAAAAGAGGGUAAAAAGGUUGGUCCAAAGAACUUACCAAAAUGGGAUGUAAUGUAAUUAAGAAGAAAUACGCACAAAUUAAAAAGAAAGUGGUGCAAUUUUUAAAAAAUAGAUGAAGUAUAAUAGAAAGAAGAAAAGUCAAAAAAAGAAAAUUAGAAGAAAUGGUUGAGAAAGACACCUUUAGAAAAUGCAAAAGACGCGAAAGAAAAGAGGAGACAAAAGUGGAAAAACUACAAAAUUUGGCAACAAGAUAAAAUAAUUAUUGGUGGAUAAUAACAACAGAAUCUAUGGCAAUAUACCAUCCAAUAACGAUUUUUAAGGAGAUGAAUUCUCUGUUCCUUUAAUUUUCCUUGACAACCUUACUUUAAAAGAGAUUUGACUAUUUUAUUAACCUCCACAUUGACAAUAACAUUUUUUGUUUAACAUCAAAUACACAUUAUAUUCAAUUCUAAGAGACAAAUUAAUAUAUUCAUAGAAAAAAAGAGAGAAAAAAUGGCUUGUAGAAAAGUGCAACCGUUGGUGUGGAUGAUGGUGGUGGCAGUGGCGGCGAUAAUGGUGGCGGAGAACGGAAAGAUGUGUUUGGCAACCUUCGAUAUGGGAGGAGCAAAAGACUCCGUCAUGAACACGGCUGAAAAGGCUAAGGAGUCCAGUGAGUCUUGGGCUAGUUGGGCUUACGCCAAAAUCUCCGGAAAAUUGAGUGUUAACCCCAAGGACGUGAAACAAGGCGCUGAAGACAUGAUGCAUACAUCUACCGGUAACACUGUACCUGAUACGACGGGAUACGCAACAGGGAAAGUGCACGCAGUCUCGCACGCAUCAAAGAAAGACGACAAUGAAAAAUUCUACGACGAGGCAAAGAAAGAUGUUGGGGCCGCCUACGCCUCUUUGGCUCACAAAAUCAUCAAAGAAGAUUAGAUAGGCACUAGAAAUUAGCCUAAAUCAGAGGCAAGUUAGGCUGGUUAAGCUAAGGUUGGUGCUAACAGUGCAGUCGACACUCUUCUUUGAUCAGCUUCAGGGAAUAAUUAUGUCUUGUUUUCAGAUAAUAACUGAUAAGCAAUAUUUGCUAUUCUUGUUUUGGAUUUAGUUUUGCAAUUAGUGUUGAUGUUAUUAGUAGUUAUAUGUAUAAUGACUUCAAGAUAUUGUGUGCUUAUAAGUUAUAACUAGUGCACGAAGAUUUUCUAGGUGUACAUUGCACACUCAAAACACCAAGUAGAUUUAUAUGAGUAUAUAUACAGCUUGUAUAUUUUUUUUU